AUGAAAAGAAAACGAAAUGCUCAGUGCCCCACGGUUUCACUUUCAUUCGCAACGCGCACGCGCAACUGGCAGGGUCGCACGAGAAGAGCACCUGAAAACCGAUAUCGCAUCGAGUUCGAUUUCCCCGCCAAAAAUAAAACAAAAAAAAUAUAAUAAGUGAAAUAUAUAGAAAAAUAAUAAUACACUUUUGUGCCAUUGCGGAGAAUUACAAUUGUUUUAAUCGAAUAGAAAAGUGAUUAUAAGUGCGUUUUAAUUGUGCGGCAAUCAAUAUAAAUAAUUGAGUGUUUUCAUUUCAUUUGGCCUGGCCGCAUACAAAACCUACGACAAAACACGAAUAUAUAAAUUCCAUCGGGCAGUACUUAAUGGAUGCAGCUCCAUGUGGCCCCACCGCCACCAACGACAUCUGCUAACGGCGGCAGCCACGCUCUGCUGUCUCUUGGCCAUCAUCGUCCAGCCGGCCCUCUCGGAUGAGCCCCCCAUCCUUACUUCCUCAUCAACACCCCCAUCCUCAGCAGCAGCCUCGGCCCCUGGCGAUCUCCCACAGAAUUUCACGGUGGAGGCAGCGGCCACUGAAGCCCUGAGUGACAGCAGCGGCAAGGAGCUUAAUAAGCAGCCAGCCGGGCAACUCAUCCGCGAGGUCAUCGAAGGUCCAAACUUGGCCGACGAAGUGCGCGAGGAUCCGGAACUGGAGAGGGAACUCAAACGGGAACGGGAAGCCGCGGCUAUAGAAACAGAAACCGAAACGGAGUUUGUCGGUGUUCCUGGCAUUCUGCCCACUGUUCUGCCUCCCAAAGAUUCGGACAGUCCCACCAAUGGACAUGGCUACAUCCAGUUCGAGAUCAACGAUGAGCUGCCAGUGGAAGUGGCUCGUCGACAAAGACCCAUUGAGCAGACAGUGACCCGCUCGCGAACGGAAACCGUGAACGAGGUGCUGUCCAAUCUGUUCCCCAAGGGAUUCUCGGACAUUUUCCGAUUUAGUGGCAAUACAGAAUCAUCCACCACCACGUCCACGACCACGAAUAAGGCGGUGGUACGGCCCACAGUGGUGGAUGUGGUCAGCACCACAGAGGCAGCCAGCACUGAGAAGCAAACGGAGCCUCCAGCCCCGAAUGCCACCUACUACAGUUACCAAACCACCGUGACGAAGGAAUACCGCCGGGAACUGGGACCAGGUCACACGGAGAUAGUGGUGGAGCAGAUUAGGGAUCCGGGAUUCCGAGACGGCAGUAACCACAUUUCCCGAGAUGAGCUGCUCAGGAUCAAUCGAGCUGCUGUGGCGGCUCCAGUGCUGCCCAGUGUGCUGCUCCAACCGGAGGGCGAUGACAAUGAGACUCUGGUGGCGGCAGAAAGUUCUCCAAUUGUGAUACUGGGCGAACACGAUCCGGACCUGGAGGAGGGGCAGGAGAUAAAUGACAACCAGAUUGCGGAGACACGCCACGUGGGCAGGGAGGCCUACCAACACAGAGUCCCAGCUCCAACUUUCAAUGGCAUCGAGAGUUAUACCAACCAAAAGGGUCCCGGUCAGGAUCAGGAGAUCAAUGUGCACAUUGUACACGACGGACCACAGGGAAAACCUCAGCAGGCAGAGGCACAGACGCCCAAGGAACACCAGUCGCAGCCUCCGCAGCAGGCCUUGGAUCACUUCCAGGCGCACAGUGAGCAGAGAUUCCAGCAGCAUCAUCCCAGUCAAGAGGCACCAUCACGGCAAUUCCUCAAGAGCUUCAAUCCCAUUGUCUCGGGCAGUGGCGACGGACCCCUCCCGAAGGGCAGUUUCCACUACGAGGUGCAGAAUCCUCCCCAGCGCCCGAAUCCACGGACGCCGGAGGAAGGAGACUACGCCGGCCAAUUUGUGAAACCUGCUGCCCAGUUGGCCUACCAACAGGAGCUCAGCCAGGUGAUUCCACAAGAGCAGAGCAAGCCGCAGCAGCAGUCGGAGUUGCUGCACACCAAGGCCAUAUCCUCACCCUCGCCGGAUAUCCAGCAAUAUUCUGGCUAUGCAGGUCCCACACCCGUUUCCGCCACUCCAAAUAGUCUGGUGUUUGUGACCUUAAACACUCCAAGUCCACCCCACGCCUCGGCGGCACCAUCCAUUGCGCAUUCGCCACUUGAGCCAGGUGUCCAGAUCACAGUGAUUCACCCGGCUCCCCAUAACUACGUUGCGGAGGCUCAUGCCGAGCCCUCCCAGACCAUCAUCCAACAUGCUCCAGCUCCAGCUCCAGCUCCAAAGAAGUCCAGUCCAUACACCUUUGUGGAGGUUCAGAAGUCCGUGAACAUCCACAACAAGCUAAUCACGGAGAAGGACGGCCGAUUGGUGGAGCAGCAUGAGACCAUUUACCCCCAGCCAUAUCCGAAGAAUCACCUUUCGCAGGCACCUGAACCUUCCAAGAGUUACGCAUCUCUGGCUAAAAAUCCUAUUCACGUGGAGUACGAUAGUACGCCCCAGGAAGUGGCCGUCUCGCAUGCCUCCGUCCAUUUGGAUACAGAUCAUUCUGGACACACAGCUCCAGGUCACAGCGAACAAACGAUCCACCCAGGUCCUGUGUAUACGCAACCAGAGCAACACCAGGAGCACCAGGUACAUCAGAUUCAUCAAGAUCAUCACAUAGUCCACCAUGAGCCUCAGCCAGAGCAUGAGCCUCACUUGCAUCAAGAUCAUCUGGAGCAUCAUGAGCAUCCCUCACUGCAGCCAUAUCAUGUGGAAAAACUUGAAGACCACGAUCAUCAUGUCAAACAGGUGGUGGAGAAGCACAUACCCAUACCCUAUGCCGUCCCUCAACCUGUGCCCGUGCCUGUCCACGUGGAGCACUAUGUGGAUCGUCCCUAUCCAGUGGAGACCAUUGUCGAACAUCCCGUUCCAUAUCCCGUGGAGAGGGUGGUGGAGAAAAUCGUCGAAAAGCAUGUGCCCGUGGAGGUGGAGCGCAUUGUGGAGAAGCCCGUGCAUGUCGAGAAGAUUGUGGAGAAGUUUGUGGACCGCCCGAUGGCUAUUCCGAUACAUGUGCCCGUGGCCAUUCACAUGCCCAUGCCGCCGGGACACUCCUCGCUGUCAUUUCCCCACUUUUCCCACCCCAAUUCCCUGACGCCCUGGUCCCACUCCGUUGCCCACAUUCCACCGAAGGUGUUGCAGAACUACUACACACGGAUGCUAAAGAAGUUGCUACCACAGCUCACCGCCAAAACCCCCAUCCCACAAUCACCCAAAGCGGUCAAGUUGAGCAAGCCGGUGGCGGCCAUCAAGCAACCGGUGAAGCCCGUGAGGGGAGAGGCGCCCAAGGUCGCCACCUUCAGUUUGGCUGACAUGAAAUUCGACCUUCGACCUCCACCGCCGCCACAGGGCUCGCCUUGGUUGCAGGGAUCCCGAUACAUCUAUAAUACCCUUCCCGCCGAUUUGGCCACCGCCGCCGCCUCGGCUCCCACCAAAAUGGUUAAGUCCUACAUUGGCGUCGUUCCAGCGCCGGCAUCUGCGAACUCAGACGCUGGGGAUUCCCCGCUCACCAGCGAGUUCGAUGAGUUCCAGCGAUGGCGCAACGGACACUCCCUGAAGCGCAGUCCCGACUUCGGGCGCAAUCUUCAGCUGGAGUACGGAUUCAAGCCCCCUCUGGUGCCGUCCAUGGAGAUCGAUGACAAGGGCAAUCCCCUCAAGCAGGCCGAACAAUCGGAGACGCAGUGAAAUUGAAAUUGAAGCAGGGAGAGCGAAGAAAAAGCGUGCCAAAAUAUAAUGCUAUAGUAAAUAUUAUCUAUUUAUAUAAUGUAUUUAAAGCAAAGCAUUUAAUAAAAUUAUAUUAACUUUACAAAACAUUA